AUGAAGUAUAGAUUUACUUUACCACAGAAAAGUCUUCGAUGCGCAUCUUUGAUUGGGUCUUCGUUGGCUAUCUCAAACAAAGAGUUUGAAACUGAUGUGACAAAUUUUAAUUACAACAGCUAUCAAUUUCGAUUUAACGGCAUGGUUGUCGCCGAUUCAGCGCUGCGUAAUGACGAUUUUAAGCAACUAGCAAAGCUUUAUUCAAUUGUUUUUAUAUCUGAAAAAGUAUAUUUUCCAAAACAUUUGCGAUUAAAUGGAUCGGAUAUUCCUUUCGCUUCUUCUGUUCGGUGGUUAAUCAUUCGUAAUUAUUUAUUAACUUUAGAAGCAAAGCGCAAAGUGUAUAAGAACGUAUUUAUGUGUGAUUCGCGUGAUGGAUUAUUUCAAACAAAUAUUUUUCAAUAUAUGACUAAUUAUAGUCCUGGAUUAUUAGUUUUUAUGGAAAGCAUACAUAUGACAAUUGGUAAAUGUGGUAUCAAUAGUGGUUGGAUCAAAAAAUGUUAUAAUGAUUCCGCACUGACAGAAAUAUCGAAUAAUUCAAUUAGCUGUUCCGGUACAGUACUUGGAACUUGGUAUGCAGUUUUAACUUAUUUAUCCAAGAUGGAAUUUCAUAUAAUAAACGCACCAAAUGCCUGUAAGAAGUAUCCUGGCAGUGAUCAAGGGAUUCAUAAUUAUAUAAUCUAUACUAAUAAAAUUGUCAAUGUCUCAAUCCACUAUAUAUUGCAUGAAUACGGUUUUGUUGGCACGUUAGGUUAUGCACCGAUUGUAAAAAGAAAUCAAUUUGGAUUAGUAAAAAACGAAAAUGGAUCUGUUUAUGCUUUUAUUCAUCAAUGGGACCGAAGCGAGCAAUUGAAAUUCGACGAAACCGAUACAGAAGAUAGUACUAGCUCACUCAUUGAAUUGGGUUCAUUGAAUGAUGAGUUGGAUACAAUGAAUCUUGAUUUUGACAAUUCUGACGAAGAAGUUUCUGAUCAUGAAGGUGAUAAAAUAGUUUCACAUACCUGCGACGGAAUAAAACCAAAGUCUAAUGCAGAAUUCUUGGAAGAACACGAGCUUAACGAAGAUGUAAUCUCAACUUUGGAAGAUAAAGCAGUCAAUCCUAUUGAUUGCUAUCGUCAUUUCAUCACAGACGAAAUUAUUGACCUCAUGGUUCGUGAAACUAAUCUAUACGCUCAGUACACGAUCAACGCUUCAACAAUAAAAACCAACAACGAAUACAGAGAUGCUCAAGUUCUUUGGAAUAAUUCUCGAAAUGGGAGUAGUACAAAUGAUGAAGCUGAACUAUUAUUAGAGCUCUAG